AAGACCUCAUUAAUGCAACCUGCAUCCUAGCUAAACAGGAGUUAACAUUUCGUGGUAACGAUGAGCGUGUAAGCUCUUCUAAACGUGGCAUAUAUGUAGAACGAUUACAUGGUUUUGCUGAGAAAGAUGAAAGGUUAGCUAGACAUUUGGACAUAUCCACUGUGUUUUCUGGCUUGUCAAAUAGAACACAGAACGAUUUAAUUGAAGCAAUCCUCUCCAUUGAGGCGGAGAGAUUUUUUUAAAGUAAAGGAAAAUAAGGAGUACUUUUACAAAAACGGCGUAGGUUUGCAUAGGGACGGUAGGGACAUAACACUACCAACUUUUCAGGAUGCUAAAAUUGUCCCCACCAACUUUUAAGCAACCUUACCUUUUUUUGCAUGAUAUAAUGUUCAGUUAUAUAGAGAAUUUAGAUCUUUCAAUAGUUCCAUAUGUUGUAAGGAUAGAAUUGACCCUACCAUUAUAAAGUGAAUUAUUUUCAUUAUGCUUGCUAAUAAAAACCAGACAUGGAAGUUUUCAAAAUGUUUCUUUAGUAUUUUUUGAAAACAAAGGUUUGAAUCGAACAGUAUAUCAUCUGAACCAAUGCACGUAAAAGUUAUUAUCAGUAGAUGGAUUUAUUUUGCAUUGAUCAUUUUUGCCUAUUAAUUAAUUAGGUUCAUAUACAUGAGAAAUGUGGCCCUUUGCCCCCUUCAUGCAAUCUGUUUGGUCUUAUUAAUGUCCCGUCCCCAGCAAAAAGUGUACCUACAUGCAGGUUAUGCUGUUAUAUCAUCCCUCCGAAUGUUGUGACCAAACCUAUGCCCUUCCAAAGUAACGGCGGUUUUUGUGGUGAAGGACAGCCGCAAGACCACAAACAGUUUUCAUUUCAAUCUUAUAAAAACAAAAAAAGAGCUUAGAUUAAGAAAAAUACAAUAGAAUAUUUAAAAACUAAAUUUUGGAUUUAAAUAAAAUAUCCUUUGUUUUUCUUUUCACAUUUUUUGUUUAGCAAUCUGUAAUAAAUUGAUUAAAGUAUCAGAAUUAAAAGUUUUAAAAACAACUGAAUAUUUCACUAAAGGUCAGAAUUGAAUUCUGUGGUUUUGUACACCACUCUUUACUCUCAUUUAUGUUGCAUGAAUUAUAGAAUUGCGACGGCCAACACAUUGAGGGUGUAGAGCAAAUGCAUGUUAUUUUCUUACUUUUACGUAUCGAUAAUAUGUACCGUGUGUGCGUGUUUUGUGAAGAAUGCUGCUGAGAUAUGAAAUAACCAGUAGCCAAUUGAAUAAGCUACCCUUUAUGGUUUAUAUAUUUGGAAAUCUGACACUAAAGGAGUCAGUGCCUCACCAACCAUGAACCUUACCGCACGUCACUGGUUAGGAGUUGGAUGGCACAUGAACUUAUUGGUGCCUGUGUUGCUUGUAAGGUAUGAUGGAGAGUUAGCCAGUAAAGGGCAGCCUUCAUCCUUUAGCUUGUUUUGUUAUUAUUCAUUAUUUUACAGUGCCAAUGAGUGCACUAUAAAGGAUAAAAGUUAACCAUCUUCUAUUUGCCCAAGAACAUUUCAAAUGUUUGUCUUUAAUAUGACCCCACAAAGCUGUUUUACUCAAUGACAGAAAUGAUGUCGUUAUGAGCUUGCGUCCGCAUAAAAGUCACCAAUUGUCCAAAGCAGUCUUUUAAUUGUUACACAUGUAACUUGCAUCAUUGUUGUGAUACAGACUUUUCCAUGCUUGUAUUCUGCUUUAGUUAGCUUCAGUUCAGUUUUUCUUUUUUUCAUUCUUUCUUUCUUGUCUUUUUUUUUUUUUUUUUAAAGAGUGCAGAGUGGCUGGCGUUGGCGUGUGCUCACAUGCCCGAGCGGUUUGUGGUGGAGCUGGCAUUUUGUGUUGCCCAAGGUGGAUUUGGUCAUGCCCAGGACAUCAGUCAGAACACCCUGGAGGUCAUCGUGAGGUCUUAAUCGUCCCAUCCGAAGGUGCUUUGCCAGUGUAGUGUGGAGAAUCAUGCACUUGCUGAACGGAGCGGCCGCUAUACUGCAAAGGCCCAAACCUUGACAACAGUCUCACGAUGGGAAACGUGGAGAGCCAAAACGGCGAGAACGCCAUCCACGGCGUCUCGGCCGGCCACCUCUCCCGUAAGCACGCGUCUUCGCGCUCUCUCCGCCUGUCCUCCGUCGCCAAGCAUCCGGUGCCCCGCCGCCCUCGCCACUCUAUGUCGGCCAAGCAUCCGGAGCGGCACCGCAACUCCGCAUCGUCAACACGUUCCUCCAGCACACCCAGCAUCCCAUCGGAAGCCUUCGACGCUGACGACUCGGGCGGCCUGGCCGACUUUGGCGUCGACCCGCAUUGGACUCAGCGUCUGGACAUCACCUUAAGGCCUGAGGAUCACGAUGCCCUUGCCACGUCCACCCUCGAUGAGUCCGAGGCGGACGCGUCCGCUCGUGACGACGAGCGCUCAGCUUUCAAGAAGAAGCGCUCCAAGUCGGCCGACAUGUGGCGGGAGGACAGCUUGGAGUUCUCGCUGUCGGACCUUAGUCAGGAACACAUGACCAGCACAGAGGAGAUGGUGGAUGGGGGAGAGGAAGAUGAGGAUGAAGAGGAAGAAGACGUUCAGUUCAGUCGAUCGCCCAGGCGACAAAAAGGUUCAGCAGAGCGUGCAUCGUCUCUAGACCACCUAUGCAGCCACCAGAGCGCGGGCCUCAGGAGCCACUGCAGAGAUGAGGAGCGGGACGGUGCUGACUCCGUCCCUGGGCCGAUGUCUACGGGCGAGGAGGAAGGCGGCGGCGCGUAUGGAGCCUUCACGCUCCCGUGCCGACGUUCACACUGCCUCUCGGAGGGCCUGACCGGGUUGGGCUUGGCGGCCCCGCCCACGCGACCUGUUUUUCAGGGACGUCGUGCGCAAACUACUCAGGAUAUCUCAGCCGCACUGGGCGAGGGCAGUGAGUACGGCGACAGCGGCAUCGAUGGUGUGGUGGCUGAGGCUGAGGCGGAGACAGCAGCAGAUGGCGAGCCGUUUUCACGGCGCUGCAAGGCCAUGUCUGCGUCCUUUUCUGUAUAUUCGGCCGUCGAGGGUGCCCUCUUCGGGAACGGGAGUGACAGCGGCAGCAGCAGCGCCGGCGCGACGGAAGCGCGAGGUGGCGGAGGUGUCUAUGAAAACUUCCGCAAGGAGCUGGACAAUCAGACACACCAAGGCCGGGACCCUUCAGAGGAGGCGUGCUCGGCGGUCAGCGACGAACGGAGCAGCGGCACGCUCAGCACCGUGUACCUGUCGGAGUCUGCGGCAGCUGCGGCCCGCGCCCACGGCGCCACGGUGCGCAAGGCGGGAGCGCUGGCCGUCAAGAACUUCCUGGUGCACAAGAAGAACAAGAAAGUGGAGCCGGCCGCCAGACGCAAGUGGAAACACUACUGGGUUUCGCUAAAAGGCUGCACGUUGUUCCUGUACGAAUCGGACGGCCGCUCGGGCAUCGACCAUAACAGCGUUCCAAAGCACUCGCUGUGGGCCGAGAACGCCAUCGUGCAAGCGGUGCCUGAACACCCCAAGAAAGAUUUUGUCUUCUGUCUCAGCAACUCAGCCGGAGACGCCUUCCUCUUCCAGACAUCGGGCCAGACAGAGCUGGAGAACUGGAUCACUGCGAUCCAUUCGGCGUGCGCCGCCGCCCUGGCCCGCCAGCACCACCGCGACGACACAGUGCGCCUGUUGCGGGCUGAAAUCCGCAAACUGGAGCAAAAGAUCGAUAUGGAUGAGAAGAUGAAGAAGAUGGGCGACAUGCAAUUGUCCACUGUCACCGAUGCUAAGAAGAGGAAGACUAUUCUGGAGCAGAUCUUCCUGUGGGAGCAGAACCUAGAGCGUUUCCACAUGGACCUGUUCCGCUGUCGCUGCUACCUGGCCAGUUUGCAGGGAGGCGAGCCCCCCAACCCCAAGCGCUUGUUGGGAUUCGCCUCGCGGCCCACCAAGCUGGCCAUGGGGCGCUUGGGCAUCUUCUCCGUGUCUUCCUUUCAUGCUCUGGUGUCUGCGCGCACAGAGCUGGGCGUGAAGCGACGCAGCCACGCCACGCCUUCUCGCACCUUCAGCAAACGGCGCAGUCGAUUCUCGUCGCUGUGGGGGCUCGAUACUGCUUCCCGCAGGAAGUCCAAGACGCUGCACCCUGCCAUCAGCCAGGUGUUUGUUCAAGCCGUCGAGCCGGCCAAAGCGCCCAUGGAGGCCACGUAUGAAGAGUCUGCGAGUGAUAAAUCUAGGGAUCGAGACAUUUUGGUGAAAAGUCUUCCUCAGCUGGCCCUGGACAACGACGUCUGGCUCCAAGAGAGCCUGGCCCCCUCCUGGGUGUGCCUGCCUGACGACAAGCCCGUCCUGGCUGUGGUGCAGCCUGGCGACACGGCGCUGGAGGUCUUGAGUGCUGUCUGCAAGACAAACAAACUGGACCCUUCCGGACACUACCUACGCCUAAAGGUAGCUACUGAUGACCGCACGCUCCUCUACAUACCAAAACCUGAUGAGGACAUCUAUGAUGUGCUGUACCGGGAGAUUGAGAUCUGCACGAAAACUACCAGGCUGAUCCGGUUCGACCGAGCUGAGUCGUGCACGCUGGGCUACGGAUUCUCAGUGUCUGUCAUGGACGAGGACAGCACCCAGCGGCUUCACAUCACUGACGUCAAAGAGCGAGGGCUUGCCUCCACUAAAGGUCUCCGAUCCGGUGAUGAGAUCCUCCUACUGAACGGCAAAUCGGCCGCCGCCCUGCAGAUGGACGACAUGCGGGCGGCGUUCGCCUGCCAGGCCUUAACACUGAGCGUGGGGGCCAUACCACGCCUGGAUCCCGCCAAACUGUGCCCUCCGCCGCCACCCCGACGUUCAGACUCAGAACGUGGUGGGGACACUACCACCGACAUCUUCUCGCAAGACCAAGAGGACAUCCUAGACGACGUAUCUGGUCUGACGGUGGACGACAGUUUGGAAGAAGGGGCGCUACUGAGUCCUGGAGAUGCUCCCGAAGAGAAGAUCUUUGCACUGAAGAACAAGGAGCAGUCGUCCUCUCUCCACCAGCGCGGGCCCCGCGACGCUGAGUGUCAGAUGUCGUAUUCCGUUUCUUCGUCGUCGUUGUCUUCUUCCUCGUCGUCGCUGUCUCCCAGCCCGGUGUCCGCCCUGCCGCCGUUCUGCGCUCAGCGGCAGCUCUCGCAUGCAGACAAGCUACGCAAGGUCAUCAAUGAGCUGGUGGACACGGAGAAGACUUACGUCAAAGAUCUACGUUGCCUCAUUGAGUGUUACUUGACACCGCUGCAGAAAGAAAGCUUCCUCACGCAGGACGAGCUGGACAUUCUGUUUGGCAACCUGGACGAGAUGGUGGACUUCCAGGUGGAGUUUCUCAGGACGCUGGAGGAUGGAAUCAGACUGGUUCCGGAUCUGGACAGAUUGGAGAGAGUAGAGCAGUUCAAGAAAGUGCUUUUCUCCUUGGGCGGCUCAUUCCUUUACUAUGCCGACCGCUUCAAGAUCUACAGCGCCUUCUGCGCCAGCCACACAAAGGUGCCCAAGGUUUUGGCAAAAGCCAAGACGGACCCAGACUUUAAGGCGUUCCUGUCUGAGCGGAACCCCAAGCAACAGCAUUCCUCCACACUGGAGUCGUACCUCAUCAAACCCAUCCAGAGGGUCCUCAAGUACCCUCUGCUUCUCAGGGAGCUCUUCUCCCUCACGGACCCUGACAGCGAUGAACACUAUCACCUGGACAUGGCCAUGAAGGCGAUGAACAAGGUGGCGAGUCACAUCAACGAGAUGCAGAAGCUCCACGAGGAAUUCGGCGCAGUCUUCGAUCAGCUCAUUGGCGAGCAGAAGGAGGUGGGUGACCUCUCCAUGGGGGAUCUGCUCAUGCACUCCAGCGUGGUUUGGAUCAACCCGCCCGCCUCUUUGGGAAAGAGCAAGAAAGACCCAGAAUUGGCAGCCUUUGUGUUCAAAACCGCUGUGGUGUUUGUGUACAAAGACUCAUCCAAGCAUCGGAAGAAAGUGGGCGGUUCUCACAGAGUGUCCAUGAACGACGACCGGGAUCCUUUCCGCUUCCGUCACAUGAUCGCCACCCACUCGCUGCAAGUCCGCACCAUUGCAAACUCUGAGGGCACUGCCAUGUGUGAAAUAGUUCACACCAGGUCGGAAUCGGAAGGACGACCAGAAAGGAGCUUCCAGUUAUGCUGCAGUUCUGCGGAGAGCAAGAAAGAUCUCCUGAAGGCCGUGCACUCCAUCCUCAGGGAGAAGCAGAGGCGGCAGCUGCUCAAGACGGAGUCGCUUCCCCUCAGCCAACAGUACGUCCCUUUUGGGGGCAAGCGACUCUGCGCCCUCAAGGGGGCGCACAGGCCCGCCGUCAACCGAGCAGCUUCGGCCCCGUCCCGCUCACUGGCUCGCAGGAAGCUGCUACGAAACCGCUUCACCAUCGACACGGACCUGGUCUCGGACACCGAGGCGGUCUCGAACAACAACAACCACCGCCGCCGGGACUCUGACCCCGCGGCGGCAGCCCCCCUUGGCGCCGAAACCUGGCCCCAACGGUCGUACGACCUCGGGCCAUACGAGGAUGGCGGCAAGUUGAAGGAGACGGACAUUCUGAGCGACGACGACGACUACUGCAAGGCGCCGCGCGCGGCCGAGCAGGUCACCGAACUGGACGCUAAGAUGGACGCCAUGGAGAUCCGCGGCGUGCUCAAAGCGUGCGCCGCCCAGCGUGGGCCCGAGCGCGACGCCGUGUGGGUGCGCAGGGACGACUUCGGCUGCAACAGCGACGUCUUCUGACGUCGACGCUCGGCCAGUUUUUUCGGUACGCCCGCGUCAAUGCUGGGUGCCGUUCGUACCUUCUCCCCUCCGUGAGGAUUGUUAAUGGAGAGCCCCUUUUUCACUUUAAUACAAAAAUCCUGUUGGUUUUAGUAUUUUGUCACCUCGGUUCUCGUUGAUAUGCUCUGUUAGAGCACUGCCGAUUUUCAAAGGUACUUGAUCCUGCUGGUUUUUAGUUAUACAAAAUGGCCUAGGUCAGGGAUCGGCAACCCGCGGUUCCAAGGCGGCUCUUUGGACCUUCUGGUGCAGCUCAGUUUUAUAUUAAAUCAAUUUAUUCUAGGUCUUGCAGGAUUUAACAAAGACGUUUAACUUCCUUUUAAGUGGCAGAUCAAGUCAGAAUUACUGUUUUGUGUCUUGACAGAAGACUCAAGCAAGUAAUUAAUUCACCAACUAUGUAAAGUCCUGAUUGCAACUGGGAAGAUGUACCCGCAAGCCUUCAUUCUAUUCAGAGGCGCAAAGACUUCAUAAAAUACCAAAUUGUUCAACGAGGCUAAAAUCUUUCAUGUCAAAUAUCCACCACAAAAUAUAUGGCGGAAAACACUGAGGUGACUUAAAGUUCCACUCUUAGACCCCAAUGUAGCCAAACUCAAAAGUGCCCGAUAUGCAUGUGUGAUACAUCAAUGGAAAGGUUAAAAUCUUAAUUUUCUGGGGGAAGAAAAUUUUUGAACUGGAGGACAUUUAAAAUAAAAAAUAAAUUUUAAACAGCAAAACCCUAUCUGGAGGUGAGAGCAUGCGAGAACAGAAUUACAGACGCCAUGACUUUAACGAGAUAUUAUCGCGUACUUACCUUGUUUCAAUCCAAAAACUACAUGUGGCAUGUAUCACCGAGUGUCAAGACAAAGCUUUGAAUGGCUACAGCUGGAUUUUAUGGGGAUUCUAUGGGUGAAACAUGGAAAUAUAACAAGGGUUGCGAUGCAGAAAUCGCUUACAUCAAGGAGUGGUUGAGAUGUUCUAUUUCAUAUAUUUACCCUUUUAAACUUUUUUUUUUUUUUAUUCUUUGUUUGGAUCGAUUAUUUAUCAUUUAAAUUAUCGGAGAAAAUGUGACAGUAAAAAAAAAAAAAUGCAAUUAAGCGAUAGUUAUGAGGUAGAUAUCCGUGACUUUUUUACAGACACCAUUUUUUUCAUUGUGACGUCAUUUGUUUAAAAUAUGCGAGUAAAAAUGUUUUUAAAGUUUUUUUUUUAAACAAAAUAUUAGAGAUCAAUUGAUGAUUCUAAGCUAAAAAUGGCAGACAUUUUUAAUAAUAAAUAUAAUUACUUACCAUCGUUUUAUGGCUGGGUUGAAACAAAGCAAACAAAAUGGACAAAUUAAAAAUAGUUUGGGGGCUUAAUGCGCCAUGAAUCUGCUAUGGCAGCGUAUAAACACAUUGUUCUAUCAAACAUAACAGUGGUUUUGGCUUAAAACAGCAGUUUCUUUUAAGAUGAGUGCAAGAGCAGAAACUGCUUUUUCAGUGUUGUCCGUGUUUUCCGCCAUAUAUAAUUAUAUUUAUACACCCACAUACACAGUAAAUCUGAGGCAAUCAGUUCAAAAGUCAAUAUGGGCAUGCGGCGCCCAGUGAUGACUAUUUUGCCGAAACUGGGUCGAAAUGGCUUUUUGAGUGUUAAAGUUGCCGACCCCUGGCCUAGGUGGCUAACAUCAGUCACCCUCAAACUUUGGCGAUACUGCAAAGAAACAAGCCAAUAUAUUUCAUUUUAAGAGCCUGAUUGAUUUCUAAGGGGUCAUUCAGCAACAAAAAUCUGUAUGAUAGAAAUAUUUAGGGAUGCAAAAUGGCAGACAACUGUUACGUUGACGUGAAGCAAGAACCCCAUUGAAACUGUUUACCAGCAAUUGAUUUUUAGCACUACAAGAUAACAUAUUUUUAGGGCCCUAAAGUCUAUUUUUCCACACAAAACCUUUGAACUCGUCUAUUUUUAGGACCCCUUUGGGGUUUUAUUUUAUUAGCACUCAAGGGCUGAGCGUUGCUCACUUUACGCUGCGGGAGGUUCUCAGCCACAGUUGAUGGUCAGACGGUCUAGAAGUUUCAAAUGUUAAGUAUUGGUACAAAAUGUUUGUAAAAUUAGAGUUGGAUUAGGGUUGGGCAUCAAGUAUCGAUGGAACUAUCACUCCGGUUCUCCCGGAACCGUUCAAAUUUUUUAAAAUUUUGAUUCCAAGUUUCAAUACCCUGACCGCCGACCGUGAGAAAUCGCUGCCAAACACCAUGUAGAAAAAGCCAUAUUUAGACUAGAAGUGGCUAGUUUAGCUUGGCACAAAAACGACAACAAAGUAACACAGUAAACACACCGAAAUGAUAUGGUGUUAUACUUGUAUAGCACUUUUCCACCUUUCAAGGUGCUCAAAGCACUUUACACUAUAUUGCCAUCUACCUACUGGUGACGCAGCACCAGGAGCAAUGUGGGGUUCAGUAUCUUGCUCAAGGAUAAUUAGGCGAGUUUAUCAGGGCAGAGAAUCGAAACCACAAUCUCUGGUUUGGAGGACAACUACUCUACCACUGAGCCACGCCACCCCACAUAGAUACCCUCUGUUAAAACGUGCAAAUUUAUAGUUUUUUUUUUCUUUUCUCAAGGGUUCCCAAUGGUGUGUAGUGCAGAGGUGAUGUGUAGCGUCUACACCUCAAGGAUACCUUUCCAACUAAAGUAAUAACUUUUUGCCUGCUGCUUCCAGUGAGUCACCACUAGGGAAAGCCAAGCGCACAUAGCAAAUCCAAAGAAAAACUGUAGAGUCCGGAGUUUCCAUAGUGACAUCUUGUGGACGGAUGAACAAUAUAUCAGUUUAGAAAGAUAUCAAACUUAAAAAGUAGUUAACUUAAGAUGAAGGGACAAAACACUCCCAGCCUGCCAUCUGCAAGAUGUCAACCCUUACCUAACUUGGCAGAAAUACCACCUAAAUCAAACGAUGCAUUACAAUAAAUGCCUGCAGCAUAAGACACUCUAAAACAUAGGCAAAAUACUAUGUGUAAGUGUUUUCUCCGUGAAAAUUUGAAAAAUUAACAUCUUUGUGAAAGUGCACUCCUGUGGUAAGAAACUUCAUCAUAUUCAAGUUCAAAGACUGAUAUUUAUAUACAAGUUACCGCUUUUGGUAUAUACUUCCUUAAUCUAAGUACAUGUAAGGCCGAGACUUGAAUGGAACAACACUUCUUUAUUCAGCGUGCUUCUCAGCAUAUGUGUCACCGACAUUUCACAGAGAUUCCUUUUAUACUGUAAUACCACACCCACAGUAAGUGCAUACUAUGGCAACAGCCGUGUGACAUAAAUAUGUCACAUCUCAAAAAUAGCCCUGUGAGAAAUUCAUAGCAGUUAAUUGAAAGUUCAUAUAGUUUAAAAAAAAUAAUCCAAGCAUUUUUUUUACCCUGCCUUUUAAAAGAAUUGGAAUCGAGAAUCAUUUGGAACCGGAAUUGAAACGUGGAAUCGAUGCCCAACCCUAGUUAGAAUAGACUUGAUUGCUGUUCUGCUGCCGUGGUUACAAGGACAACAUUUUUUCCAUACUCACCGAUGGGAUUAUAAAUCGAUAUGAACAAUUUCGAUUGGAAUGGGCUUGAUCGGGUUAGAAUAUUCCGAAUGGGGCUUUUUAUUUGAAUCUGAAUAAAUGUGUCCAUGUAAACGUAGCCAUCUUUUUACAAUACAGCCAAUUUACAAAAAACUGCUUGAUUCGGAAUCGAAACGAGCCAGCCGUGAAGGAACUGAAACAAGAAGCCGAACUAGCGCUAGCUAACAGCUUCAAUACACGGACUAUGAAGUCCAUGUUGUAUUGGGCUAACAGCGAAUGAUACAAACAGGAAAAGCAACCUAACAAAAUAAAAGCAGUAACAGAGCUAAACUAGACACAAUGUCAAAUAGACGUUCACAAAAAGGUCAUGGCUGAAAAUCCCAUUGAGCCAAAGAAAUAAAAAUGGGUUGUUGACACUUGCCAAAACUUAAGCAGUCAAUAUUUAUUUGUAAGUAAGAAGCUACUACCGUAAUUUUUGGACUAUAAGGAGCACCUGACUAUAAGCCGCAUGCCACAAAUUUGACUCGAAAACAAUGUCUGUUGAUAGAUAAGCCGCACCAACUAAAUGUAACAAAAAAAACUGUUCAUGUAUAAGCCGCACUGGAUGAAAAGCCACAAGGAUUGUCACACCAGGCGACUACUGUUGUUGUGAUACUAUAAUAUUUAAAACUUGAUAUCCAUACAAAAAAAAAAAAAAAACUAAAUUCCAUUUUCGAUACGACAUUAAAAAAAAAAUUGGGAACUCUUUCAGAGUCAUUGCAGUCUUUUGGCUCAUGAAAAUUAAAAAUAUAAGAGUUUAUGACAAGUAGACGUCCAAUCCAUCUGAAGUGGAAGGGGGUCAAGCAAAUGAACAUUCAUUCAACAUUCAAAUUGCAGUCAACCAGUUAACAAGGAAAAUGAAAAAAUACCCUCUAUUACUAUUGAGAGUCGUGCAGAAUCAAAUUUACCCCAUGACAACAAAAUUCUCUUAACCUGUGGUAGCCCAAAAACUAUUAACUGAGUAAUCACAUAUUGUAUCCCGAUAGAACAUUUCAGUAUCAAUACAAUUCAGUACUUUUAAUAACCCUACUAAAGACAUACACCUAAUUGGCCUGCAAAAUCCACAUGUAAAAUGCACAGGACUAUAAACUGCUGGGUGCAAGGCGGAGGGAAAAAGUGGCGGCUUAUAGUCCAGAAAUUACAGUAGUUAUGAGUCCAUUAGCUACAAUUGAACUUUAAGGGAACUCCAAAUUAAGGUACUUUUUCCACAAAUUGCUGCCUAAAAUCGAGUCAACAGAAAAAUAACAACAAAAAAAGGAAGCCGACAACUGUAAAAAUAAAGCAAUAAUAGCGCACCAUCAGUCACAGAAUGUCUGAGGCAAUUUAAUUGGUUCACAAAAAGGCCUAAGAACAAAAACAGGUAUCAAUACGAGCUAAAUCUAGCCUAGUGAUAUUUUAUGCCAGGUAUAUAUAGAUAUAUUUCUGUUAUGUAGUUAAAUCCCGAACGCCAAUGUCCAUAAAUAAACCACGCUACCCGAACACUAAACCGCAAUCCUCCUUUACUUGAAAACCGCUCCUUGCAGUUACUCCUUUUGUCCACCAGACGCCACUGUUUCACUGCUUGUCGUCUGCACUUCACAACAGCGUGAAAGUGAGCCAUGUACGCUUGUUGGAGUUUUCGUCUUUUUGUACAAAAUAAUUGUGAUGCAGUUUUUAGCAGGUUAGUCAUGGGACCGUGAGACACAAUCAAACGCGUGUCCCUUUCUACUCGUCUUUGUACUUUUUGCUACACAACGCACGUGGAGUGUUAUCCUUUGUAUGACAGCAACAACAAUAAACUUUAUACAUUUACACUUUUUCUAUGUGUCCAAUUUUUGGAUUUUUAUUUCACUCAAUGAAAAAAUAAAAUGUAUUUUGAUGGGAAAAUUGGCCUUUUCCAUGAGUGAACAUGCUAAAUAUUUAUCAUAUGUGCAUGCGUGCAAUAUUGUGUAUCUGUGUAGUUUGCAGUUGUAUUUCUCAAGAGAUAAUCUGACAUCUGGCGCGUAACCUGAA